AUGUAUUUUCAGGCUGAAACUGUGCUCUGCAGUAUUUGUCACGCAGUAGAAUGGAACUUGGGGCCGGGUUUGUUUCUGACACGGACAUGCAAACACUCUGUGCUAACUCGUCACUCUACCAGCCCCUCUGUGUGCCUUGAUUGUGUAUAUUGUCCACUGUCACACUCAUGUGUCCCGUUGAGACCCCACCUGGGGCUCAGCCGCAGAGCCCCUGUUUCUGUGUUGUGUCAGCGCACGGUUGGUUCUGUGCUCCCCCCCGAGUUUGAAGCUUUGGCAGUGGCCCUGGCUGGGGCCUGCCUGUCCCCAGCGGCUGCCCACACUGCCCUGCGCCACCCCGGGCAGCCCGCCCCUCUGGUGCACCCCAUCCGACCCUGA